AUGUGCUUUGAUUGUGGGAAGACCUUUGUUAUUUAUGCUGAAUUGAAACGGCACCAGAGAAUUCACACUGGAGAAAAUCCUUACAAGUGUUCAUACUGUGACAAGAGAUUUUAUCAGCCAGCAUCUCUGAAAACUCAUGAGAGGAUCCACACUGGAGAGAAGCCAUACACAUGUGAUCAGUGUGGGAAGAGUUUCACACAAAUAGGAAACCUCAAAGUUCACAUGAAAAUCCACACUGGAGAGAAACCGCACACGUGUGAUCAGUGUGGGAAGAGUUUUACACUAAAAGAAGGCCUUAAGGAACACAUGAAAAUCCACACUGGAGAAAAGCCGCACACGUGUGAUCAGUGUGGGAAGAGUUUUACACAAAAAUCAAGCCUCAAUGAACACAUGAAAAUCCACACUGGAGAAAAGCCGCACACAUGUGAUCAAUGUGGGAAGAGUUUUACACAAAAAUCAAGCCUCAAUGAACAUAUGAAAAUCCACUCUGGAGUGAAGCCGCACACAUGUGAUCGGUGCAGGAAGAGUUUUACACAUGCAUACACUCUUAAAUUACACCUGCGUUCUCAUUCUGGAGAAAAGCCAUUUAACUGUGACCAGUGCGGGAAAGCUUGUUUUUCAGCAUCAAACCUAAAGGUCCACAUGAAAGUUCACACAAAGGAGAAGCCUCACAUGUGUUCUUUAUGUGGAAAGAGUUUUACUCAGCUGAGUACUUUAAAAGUACAUCAGCAACGACACAAUGGUGUGAAGAAUCAUUUGUGCUUUGAUUGUGGGAAGACCUUUGUUACAGAUGCUGCACUGAAAGUACACCAGAAAAUUCACACUGGAGAAAAAGCUUCCCAGUAAUCACACCAUGACAAGAGAUUUGAUCAGUCAAGACCUCUGAAAACACAUGAGAGGAUCCACACUGGAGAGAAGCCACACACAUGUGGUCAGUGUGGGAAGAGUUUCACAUAAAAAAAGGAUACCUUAAGAUUCACUGGAAAAUCCACAGUAGAGACAGACCACAUGAUUUACACAUGUAAGCACUCUUAAGUUACAUCUGCAUUCUCAUUGUGGACAAAAUCCAUUUAACUGUGAUCAAAACAGAAAAGAUUUUUGUGGUAUUAUCCCUGAAGAACCAUGUGAAAAAGUUUGUACAAAGGUGAAGCCUUGCAUGUGUUUUUUCUCUGAUCUUCCUACUGAGUGUGAAACUCUGUGAAUGUUUACAUGUCUUUAGUUCUCAUGACUAGGUGCUACUUAAACCAUUUGGGAUACUGCUAUCUUUAAUAUAAUCUUAAGGAUUAUCUACUAGGUUUGCUGGAGCUUGCAGUUAGGGGUAAUUCCCAGGAUUGCCUUUAGAUGCUUUGGUUAAGUGGUCAUUUCUGAGGCUGUGUGUAAGGUUAACGUCUUUAAUGACUGCCCACUGAAUGCCUAUAAAAUACAAUGUGUCACUGCCUUAGUUGGACUUUAUGACUGCAGCAUCAAACAGCACAUUCUCAAUAAAGAAUCUUUGCUUCUGA